ACACGUGGAGCAAACAUGGCGGAGAAGAGACCGAGGCUGGAGCAGGAACCUGAAAAGAAAGUAAACUGGAGAAAACAUAAGGAACAAAGAAGAGAGCAGAAAAAACAAUGGAGAGAAGCGAAAUUGCUGAAAGAGUUAGAAAAGGCGCAACUGCAGAAACGGAAAGAAACCGAGAAACUGGAGCAGGAGAAAGAAGUGAAAAAGGCAUCACAAGGUCGUCUGUAUACAGUGAGUGUGGCAUUGCCUGGUUCCAUUAUGGAGAACGCCCAGUCCCCGGAGCUGCGCACGUACCUGGCCGGCCAGAUCGCUCGGGCGUGUGCUAUUCAUUGUGUGGACGAGGUAGUGAUAUUUGAUGAGAAUGACGAAGGAUCAAAAAGCGUGGAGGGGGAGUUUGAAGGAGUUGGCAAAAAAGGCCACGGCUGUGUGCAGCUGGCACGCAUACUGCAGUACCUGGAGUGCCCGCAGUACUUAAGAAAGUCAUUCUUCCCCAAACAUCCAGAUCUGCAGUUUGCAGGGCUUCUGAACCCCCUGGACAGUCCUCAUCAUGUGAGAAUUGAUGAAGAGUCUAAGUACCGGGAGGGAGUCGUGUUAGAUCGGCCCAUCAAACCUGGCAAAGGCUCGUUCGUGAACUGUGGCAUGAGAAAGGAGGUGCAGAUCGACAAGCAGCUUCAAGCCGGAGUCAGAGUCACCGUUCAGAUGCAACCUGAGAAUCCAGACCGAAAAGUAAGAAAAGGAAUUGUGGUCUCGCCGCAGCAUCCAAGGACUGAAGAUGCCAUAUACUGGGGGUACAGAGUGAGGCUGGCAUCGUGCCUCAGUGCGGUUUUCACUGAAUGCCCCUUCAAGGACGGCUAUGACCUUACUAUUGGAACCUCUGAACGAGGAAGCAGUGUGGAGGAUGUGGCGCUGCCAGAUUUCCGACAUGCUUUGGUUGUGUUUGGAGGACUUCGAGGACUGGAAGCCAGCGUGGACAGUGACCAGAACCUGGAAAUAGAAGAACCUAGUAUCUUAUUCAACCAUUACCUGAACACAUGUCCAGGCCAGGGCAGCCGCACCAUCAGAACAGAGGAAGCCAUAUUGAUCUCACUCACCGCAUUGAAACCCAGAAUAGAAAGUGCAGUUCAGAAGAUCAAAGAUGGCUGAACAACGGACUGUGACAACCAGUAUCGGUGGCAGACGAACUCCCCCAUUCAUGGUGUGGACAUUGUAAACUUAUGGACUACACACGACCAGACCACCUCAUCAAUUAAAUUCUUUUAUUAUA